AUGAUUCUGAGGGAUCAAUCAACCCCUGAGGACUUUGACACUGCAGUUGAGGUGUUGAAAACAUGGAGCAAACUGAACAACAGCUACUCUCAAGACUGGCUUUGUGAGUACCUUCAGGAAAUAGAUCAGUUUGUGGAGAACCACUUUCCCGCACUGCCAGCAGAGGGACCACAAGGAUCUCAAGAGCAGAUGCAGGACUUUCUAAACAGCACACAGAGCAUGCUAUACGAUGAGGUGUGUCGACUAACACCUUUACUGAAAGAUGCUGGACUGCUAGUUCAUCUGAUGGACAGUUACAGCCGUCACCUCUUUACCAACCUGGACCUGCUCCUAAAAAAAGAUCUUUCAGCGAAUGAAAUCUUCAGCCUUCUACUGUGGGGAAAAGAUGUUUUCUUCAGUCCAGACUCACAGCAUUUCUUCAGAGUGUACGACCCUCUGCUGUUGACAGAUUGGUUUGAGAGAGCAACAAGGAAGCUGCUGCCAAAACUGCAGAAUGACAUCUCCACAACUCUACAGAACAUCCUGCACUAUGAUGAGGAACAUGGACAUCAUGAGGACUCAAUGGAUGAAGAAACUUUCAUCAGAGUUCACUUAGAUGUCACCCAGUGUCUGAAUGCUGUUAUUCACAAUUCUAAAGAAUUUAGUAACACCCUGAUGUGUACAGCACAAACGCUCUGCCUUAAAGAGCUUCAUCAUUUUGUUCAGGAGUAUGUGCAUGCAGAGAAUAAAUGUCUUGGAAAACAGAAACCUCUGAACUCAAAAUAUGUGCAUCUGUUUCGACUCAUCAGCACCAGUAGGCAACUCAGAUCUUUUGCUGAUCAACUCAACAAUCUGGAUAUAAACAACAGUAACGACCUCUCGAACAUCAUCGGUAUGUUAGAGGAGCUGGAGGAUCACGUUCUCUCAAUUGUACAGAAGAGGAUGAAACACUUAGCACAGGACUAUUUAAGAAAGUAUUUCAAAAAAGAAGGUGAGCAAAUUCAAAUGCUGACAGAGGCAAUUCAAAAGCGGUGUGCAUCUCUGCCUCAGACUGAUGUGGGAAAAGAGAUUCAGGAGAUCUUUGUGAAUGUGGCCUAUGACUGCAUUUCACGCGUAUAUCUGGAUUGCCUGAUGAAGAGCAAGUUCAGGCAGCUAGAGAGGAGAUGGGGAAAUGUCGGAGAAAGGAUGAGAGAUGACGCUCUCAGAUUUCACAACACAUUUACUGAACUGCAAAAUGGCAUUGAUGACCAGAGGAACCAUCUCCUUCAGAGAAUGAGUGAAGUUUUGCUUCGCAGUGAUGUAGAUGCACUGAAGAUUACCUGUUGUGAUUUGUUCAGGGAUUUCCCUCAGGAGAGUGAGCAGUAUGUACCUGGUCUGCUGUGCUGGAAGAGGGUGUUAUCAAAGCGACAGGUGAGGGAAGUGCUGGAUGUGAGCCGGGACUUCGGCCUGGAUCUAAAGCCUAGACGUGUCACCUGUCAUCCUCUAAAGGGACUUUGCUGUUGUCUUUGA